AUGGCUCAUCCUACGCAGAUGAAUAUCCCACCGGCGUUUCCGAUACCUCAAGCCUCCAACUAUCAAAGUGAUCCGGAUAAGAUGAGUGCUGCAAUCUCUUACUUAGAGGUUAAAGUGAUGGAUGCUAAGAAGACAAUAGAAGAGUUACUGUAUAUGCUGGACAUGCAGGAGAAGGUUCCAUGGCCAGACAUGCUAGACAAGUUCUCAUCACUGGCCGCAGCGAUGUCUCAACUUCAAGGAGCUCUCAAAAAGAGCGCCAUACAGUCAGGUCAUGAAGAUCAUGGAGCACUUUUGAGAAGUCAUGUGUUGGUACCGCAACGUCUGCAGCUCGAACCGGAUUCACAGUUGCAAACACUGACAUCGUAUCGUGUACAUUCAUGGAAUCAUGACGUAGUUCCUGAUUAUUUGCGCACAAAACUAAAUCCAGAAAUGGAAUCCGAGGAAAUGAUGUUAGAGCAAGAUAGAAAUCAAAAAGGUCAGCCAGACAUGCUAGACAAGUUCUCAUCACUGGCCGCAGCGAUGUCUCAACUUCAAGGAGCCCUCAAAAAGAGCGCCAUACAGUCAGGUCAUGAAGAUCAUGGAGCACUUUUGAGAAGUCAUGUGUUGGUACCGCAACGUCUGCAGCUCGAACCGGAUUCACAGUUGCAAAAGGCAGUGAAUAGAAAUCAAAAAGGGCAGGACGUUAUCAGUAAACAGAUUACUCAUCUCAACAAAUAUGUUGACCUUCUACUGCAAAGCCUACAUUCAACAGAUCGUGCGCAUAAUGAAAGCCUAGCGGAAAAGCCAACGUUCAACAAGGAAGAGACGGCUCGUCUAGUGCGCGCUACGAUGGUUGGUGAAGGUUUGAAAAUCAAUAUGGGCAGAUCGGCAUCGGCGACGUCGUCGACCACCCAGCUACCGCGACCUUCUGGAGCGCAGCAGCGCUCAUAA